UUUACUACCACCACUCUAUUAAUGAUGGCUUUUCAGGGCGAGCACUGAUCAUCAUGCGGAUUACUCUACUAAUAGUUAUUAUAAGCAUGAUGAUGUUGAGUAGCAAAUUUGUUGUCGGAUGCCCUGCAGAAGAGUACGAAGCUCUUUUAGAAUUCAAAGCCUCUUGCAACGGAACGUCUCCUCCGUCGUGGGGAAAUUACAGAGAUUGUUGUCUCUGGGAGAGAGUUGUUUGCGAUAACAGCACCGAACAAGUGACCGAACUGCAUCUGUCAGAGCUUUUUUGGUCGUACCAACCAGAAGAGAAUUGGUAUCAAUAUAGAGACCAAAGUUGGCACUUGAAUUUGAGCAUCUUUUCUUCAUUCCGCGAGCUACGAUACCUUAAUUUAUCCAUAAAUGCGUUUACGGCCUCCCUCUCAAGCACCACAGGAUUGAAGAAGCUAAAGGUGCUUGAUCUUAGUGGAAACCAAUUUACAGGAGAGAUCCCGAUGUCUUUAGGAUAUCUGACAUCUCUCGAAGCCUUGAAUUUGGGUUGGAAUUUAUUAAAUGCUUCACUUUCUUUGAAAGCCUUAGUAGGAUUGAAGAAGCUAAAGGUGCUUGAUCUUAGUGAAAACCAAUUUACAGGAGAGAUCCCAAUGUCUUUGGGAUAUCUGACAUCUCUCAAAGUCUUGUAUUUGGGUUGGAAUGAAUUAAAUGCUUCACAUUCUUUGAAAGGAUUGAAGAAGCUAAAGGAGCUUGAUCUUAGUGAAAACCAAUUUACAGGAGAGAUCCCAAUGUCUUUGGGAUAUCUGACAUCUCUCGAAGUCUUGAAUUUGGGUUCGAAUAAAUUAAAUGCUUCACAUUCUUUGAAAGCCUUAGUAGGAUUGAAGAAGCUAAAGGAGCUUGAUCUUAGUGGAAACCAAUUUACAGGAGAUAUCCUGAUGUCUUUGGGAUAUUUAACAUCUCUCGAAGUCUUGAAUUUGGGUUCGAAUGAAUUAAAUGCUUCACAUUCUUUCAAAGCCUUAGUAGGAUUAAAGGAGCUAAAGGUGCUUGAUCUUAGUGGAAACAAUUUUAUAGGAGAGAUUCCAACGUCUUUGGGGUAUCUGAUGUCUCUCGAAGUUUUGGACUUGAGUCAAAAUUAUUUAAAUGGGUCACUUUCUUUAAAAGUUCUCCGAGAUCUACAGAACUUGCGAGAGUUGCGCCUUGGAUAUAAUCAGUUCUGUGGGACUCUUCCUCCAACUCUCGCAAACAUGACAUCCCUUCAGCAUAUUGAUCUUUCGCAUAACUUCUUUGAAGGAACAAUAUCGAAGCAUCUCUUCAGAGGGCUUGUCUCACUUCAAUAUCUAGACCUUUCAUACAACUACCUUCAUGGGAAAUUUCCACUGCACUCUUUCGCCAACAUGUCAAAGCUUGAAGGAAUCAUACUCUCAAACAACACGAGACUAGAGGUGCAUAUUAAUACUUGGAGUUCAAUUCAACAAUUACAAUUGCGAAUUCUUAUGCUGUCAAGCUGUAAGCUGGAUGAGAACGCCAUUCGCACCCCUAUGUUUCUCUGCUCUCGACAUCACCUCGAAGUACUUGACCUCUCCUACAACAACUUAACGGGGAACAUCCCGACUUGCCUGCUCAACAAUAACACCAAAAUGGAAUACUUGAACUUAGGAAAUAACUUGUUAACAGGACCAAUUCAUCUUCCUAGUCAUCACAUAGAAAGUAUGAACGCAAUCGAUAUCUCCAUGAAUCAGCUCGGCGGUUCGAUUCCUUGUAACAUUAGUAUGGUCUUUCCUAAUUUGAAGGCGCUUAACUUCUCAUCCAAUCAUUUAAUUGAAAGCAUCCCUUCAUCAUUAGUCAACAUGACAAAGUUGGUGGUCCUAGAUCUUUCGGACAAUCAUCUCACUGGUGAAGUACCAGCUCACCUAAUGAGUAGUAAUACCCAGUUAGCCAUCUUGAAGCUUUCCAAUAACAAUUUGUAUGGGAAAAUUCAUAAUCUAAAUUCUGCAGGUUAUUUUGUAAGCAUUUACUUGGAUGGUAACAUGCUAUCAGGAACAUUACCAAACAACAUCUCAAGAGAUAUACGUUUAUUGGAUGUCCAUGACAAUAACCUAGAUGGUUCAAUUCCACAAAGCUUAUGCAAUCUGGUGAGUCUCACCAUAUUGGAUCUCUCCUACAACAAUUACUCUGGUUCUUUACCUCUUUGCUUCCCUCCAAGCAUAAUUUAUCUCAAUUUGUCAAACAAUGCUUUGACUGGAAAAGUUCCAAGUGUUCUUUUUAAUCUCUCGCAACUUGAAGCACUAGACAUUAGUAAAAAUUACUUGGAUGGUAACAUGCUAUCAGGAACAAUACCAAACAACAUCCCAGGAGAAUUAAGUUUAUUGGAUGUUCAUGACAAUAACCUAGAUGGUUCAAUUCCAGAAACCAUUUUGAAGGCAUCGUUUUUGACAUUUCUUAGUCUCAGAGGAAAUCAUUUCCAUGGACAAAUUCCACAAAGCUUAUGCAAUCUAACGUGGCUCCUGCUAUUGGAUCUCUCCUACAACAAUUUCUCUGGUUCUUUACCUCUUUGCUUCCCUCCAAGCAUCAUUUAUCUCAAUUUGGCUAACAAUGCUUUGACUGGAAAAGUUCCAAGUGUUCUUUUUAAUCUCUCGCAACUUGAAGCACUAGACAUUAGCAAAAAUUACUUUUCAGGUCUAAUUCCAACGCAAAUAAGAAGUAAGCUUGCAAUGAAGAUUCUUAUUCUGAGAGAAAAUUCUUUCAAAGGGUUGGUUCCUAUUCAAUUGUGUAACUUACAAGAUUUGCACGUAUUAGACCUAUCACACAACAACUUUUCUGGAUCAAUACCAUCUUGCCUUGGUACAAUGGCAUUCAGAAUCAUUGAAUCAUAUUCCUCUCAACUGUCGGAUCUAUGGACCGUUGAUGGUGGUUCCUAUGAAUGGAUAGCUGCUGACUCUUCAGAUUUGCCUAUUAUGUUAUCGCACAAUAUUUCGGAGGAAAUACAAGGGGAAAAAUUUAGUACCAAAGGCAAUAUGUACGUAUAUAGAGGGGUUGAUUUGGCUUUUAUGACCUUAAUUGAUAUAUCAGCAAACAAGUUAACAGGAAAAAUUCCACCUGAAGUUGGAAAUCUUAGUGGACUUAAAUCUCUAAAUUUAUCCUACAACCAACUUACGGGUCCAAUCCCUGCAGCCCUAUCAAAUUUAUCUCAGAUUGAGAGCCUUGACAUAUCCAACAACAGAUUAAGUGGUGGCAUUCCUUGGCAAUUAGACCAAUUGAAGUUCUUGGAGGUGUUCUCUAUAGCCCAAAACAAUUUAUCUGGAUGCAUACCGAGUUUUCGAGAUCAAUUUGCCACAUUUGGUAAGGCUACUUAUGAAGGCAAUGUUGGCCUACACGGACCGCCAUUAGACGGAACAUGUACUACUUCAUCAAACACAACAACAUCAUCUGAAGAAGAAGAUAAAGAGCUCGAGCUUUUGGGAUUAAUGGUGAGCGCCAACGAUCUCACAAGUUAUAUCAAAGCCAGAGGUCACGGAUUCGAUUCUCGCAUGUUGCAAAUGUGUGCAGUUAGCGCCAACGAUCUCACAGCAAUGCGGCCGAGGAUGUCGGUGAGGAAGGAGGAAAAUGAGGAUUUUAGUGCCGUAACAUGUUUCCAUGAUGUUGAGCUGCUGUCAUCGUACGGGCAGCAAGUUAUUAUGCUGACAUUCAAU